CCGAGGGGGCAACUUGCACGGGAACUCCUCUGCCCUGGUAACGGCCAAAGAGGAGAUGGCGCCAGUCAGGGAGCGGCCGUGGCCGACACAGUGAGGAAGCUUGAAGGCGGAGCAACCGGAGAAGCCUCGGGAGAACAGCCAAAGCCGUCGCUGCCGCUACCACUGCCACCACCAUGGAAGGGGCAAAGCCGACUUUGCAGCUCGUAUACCAGGCAGUGCAGGCGCUUUACCACGACCCAGAUCCCAGCGGAAAGGAGCGCGCCUCGUUUUGGCUUGGGGAGCUGCAGCGUUCGGUUCAUGCAUGGGAGAUUUCAGACCAGUUGUUACAGAUCCGACAGGAUGUGGAAUCAUGCUACUUUGCUGCACAGACCAUGAAAAUGAAGAUUCAAACCUCAUUUUAUGAGCUCCCCACAGACUCUCAUGCCUCUUUACGGGACUCAUUACUAACCCAUAUCCAGAACUUGAAAGACUUGUCACCUGUCAUUGUAACGCAGCUGGCUUUAGCAAUAGCAGACCUUGCCCUACAGAUGCCUUCCUGGAAGGGGUGUGUACAAACAUUGGUGGAAAAAUACAGCAAUGAUGUAACUUCUCUGCCUUUUCUACUGGAGAUCCUUACAGUGUUACCUGAAGAAGUACAUAGUCGUUCCUUACGAAUUGGGGCUAACCGGCGCACAGAAAUUAUAGAAGAUUUGGCCUUCUACUCUAGUACAGUGGUAUCUCUAUUGAUGACCUGUGUAGAAAAAGCAGGAACAGAUGAGAAAAUGCUUAUGAAGGUCUUUCGCUGUUUAGGAAGUUGGUUUAACCUAGGAGUUUUGGACAGUAACUUCAUGGCUAACAAUAAGUUACUAGCACUCCUUUUUGAGGUUUUGCAACAGGAUAAGACCUCGUCCAACCUACACGAAGCUGCUUCAGAUUGUGUGUGCUCAGCUCUCUAUGCCAUUGAGAAUGUGGAGACUAACUUGCCAUUAGCCAUGCAGCUUUUUCAAGGAGUCCUAACAUUGGAGACUGCUUAUCACAUGGCUGUGGCACGUGAAGAUUUAGACAAAGUUCUGAAUUACUGCCGUAUUUUCACUGAACUAUGUGAAACUUUUCUUGAAAAAAUUGUUUGUACUCCAGGCCAAGGUCUUGGCGACCUACGAACUCUGGAACUGCUGCUUAUUUGUGCAGGACAUCCUCAGUAUGAGGUAGUAGAAAUUUCCUUUAACUUUUGGUACCGACUCGGGGAGCAUUUGUACAAAACUAAUGAUGAAGUUAUUCAUGGAAUCUUCAAAGCUUACAUUCAGAGGCUGCUUCACGCCUUGGCUCGACACUGCCAGCUAGAACCAGACCAUGAGGGGGUUCCUGAGGAGACUGAUGACUUUGGAGAGUUUCGGAUGAGGGUAUCAGAUCUGGUGAAAGACUUGAUUUUCUUGAUUGGGUCUAUGGAGUGUUUUGCUCAGUUAUAUUCUACUCUGAAAGAAGGCAACCCACCCUGGGAGGUGACAGAAGCGGUUCUCUUUAUCAUGGCUGCUAUAGCAAAGAGUGUUGAUCCGGAGAACAAUCCAACACUGGUGGAGGUCCUAGAAGGAGUCGUCCGACUUCCAGAGACUGUACAUACAGCAGUGCGAUACACCAGCAUUGAAUUGGUUGGAGAGAUGAGCGAAGUGGUUGAUCGAAAUCCUCAGUUCCUUGACCCUGUGUUGGGCUAUUUGAUGAAGGGCCUGUGUGAAAAGCCUCUGGCUUCUGCUGCAGCCAAAGCCAUUCAUAACAUUUGCUCUGUCUGCCGAGACCACAUGGCUCAGCACUUUAAUGGACUCCUGGAGAUUGCUCGUUCCCUUGAUUCCUUCAUGUUGUCUCCAGAAGCUGCUGUGGGCUUGCUAAAAGGGACAGCACUUGUCCUAGCCAGGUUACCUUUGGAUAAGAUUACUGAAUGCCUUAGUGAACUAUGUUCUGUUCAGGUUAUGGCAUUGAAAAAGCUGUUGUCUCAGGAGCCCAGCAAUGGUAUAUCCUCAGAUCCCACUGUGUUCUUAGAUCGCCUUGCAGUAAUAUUUAGACACACCAAUCCCAUUGUGGAAAAUGGACAAACUCAUCCGUGCCAAAAAGUUAUACAGGAAAUAUGGCCAGUUUUAUCUGAGACUCUAAAUAAACACCGGGCUGAUAAUCGGAUUGUGGAGCGUUGUUGCAGAUGCCUCCGCUUUGCUGUUCGCUGUGUAGGCAAAGGAUCUGCAGCCCUGCUGCAGCCACUAGUUACGCAGAUGGUGAAUGUGUACCACGUACAUCAGCAUUCCUGUUUCCUGUACCUUGGCAGUAUCCUUGUGGAUGAAUAUGGCAUGGAGGAGGGCUGUCGGCAGGGACUCCUAGACAUGCUCCAGGCACUGUGCAUCCCUACCUUUCAGCUGCUGGAACAGCAAAAUGGGCUUCAGAAUCACCCCGACACUGUGGAUGACCUGUUCAGGCUGGCCACCAGGUUUAUUCAGCGUAGCCCUGUCACCUUGCUGAGGAGCCAAGUGGUCAUCCCUAUCUUGCAGUGGGCCAUUGCGUCUACUACCCUGGACCACCGGGAUGCCAAUUGCAGUGUCAUGAGGUUCCUGCGAGACCUUAUCCAUACAGGGGUAGCCAAUGAUCAUGAAGAAGACUUUGAAUUACGGAAAGAACUUAUUGGACAGGUGAUGAACCAGCUUGGACAGCAACUUGUAAGCCAGUUGCUCCACACAUGCUGCUUUUGUCUCCCUCCCUAUACCCUACCUGAUGUGGCUGAAGUCCUCUGGGAGAUCAUGCAGGUUGACAGACCGACUUUCUGUCGAUGGUUAGAGAACUCCUUGAAAGGUUUGCCAAAGGAGACAACCGUGGGAGCAGUCACAGUGACACACAAACAACUUACAGAUUUCCACAAACAAGUCACUAGUGCUGAGGAAUGUAAACAAGUUUGCUGGGCCUUGAGAGACUUCACCAGGUUGUUUCGAUAGCUCACACUCCUGCACUGUGCCUGUCACCCAGGAAUGUCUUUUUUAAUUAGAAGACAGGAAGAAAACAAAAACCAGACUGUGUCCCACAAUCAGAAACCUCCACUGUGGCAGAGGGGCCUUCACCGCCACCACAGCGUCCCGCCAGACAGGGAGAGACUCCAGCCUUCCGAGGCCAUCCUGAGGAGUUCCUGUUUGGGGGUGUGAGGGAAAAUCAGCGCGGUUUAAAAAAGAGAUGGCUGCGGCCUGUCCGGCGUGGUGGGAGGGGAGCUGGUUUCCUGGUGAACUUGUUUCAAAGGAAAAAUAAUUUUAAAGAAAUAAAAGGAAAAAAAGGAAAACUAAACUAAAACCAGAA